AGCGCCCGGCAAGGCAGCCUCGUGCUGCGGGCCAGCCCGCAAGAGCCCAACGGGGACCGCGGGGGGCCCUACGGCCAGCUGUGGGCCUCGGACCACCAGGACAGCGACUGGGAUUCCUCCGAGGCGGGGGCCGCCCACAUGCAGGACCCGCUGAUCGAGGUGCUGUCCAGCAGGGGGCAGACGGCGAACACGGCUGCGGCGCUGUCUCUGCUGAACCGGGUGAACGCCCGGCGCGAGCGGCUCUGCAUUGACGACAUCGCCGAGCUGACUGCGCUCGCGGUGCAGUGCUCCAUCACGGCCGACGCGUUCCUGCACCUCGUCAACGUGCGGGUGAUCGAGAUGCUCGAGCGCAUCGGCGUCCCCGCGCUGGAGCGGGUGCUGAAGCUGGGCGAGGCGGCGCUGCAGGGCGCGUCCGCAGGAACUGGAGCAGACGAGACGGUCUAUGACUCUCCAUCUGGUGGCCCAGCGCGAGAUGCCCGCGAUGGACGAGCAGUGUCGCGCGUGUUGAUGCUGCUCGCGCGCUACGGCAGCCGCGGCGCAGCCGCGCGCCGCACGCUGGCGGAGGGCGGCGCAGAGACGCUGUGCUUGGCCGUCUUGGCGCACAACAACCCGGGGGCCCUGCCACCCAUGGCUGGGGCGCAGGCGAUCCGCGUGCUCAGCCUCAUCUUCUGCUGCGGGAGCGAUGCCGGCAUCUCCGGCGUGGACACCGUCGGCAGCGUUAGCGCGCAGGACGGCGCGACGCCCUCGCGGCCGCCCAAGGCGCCGUCCCCGGCGAAGUGCAGGAUGGUGUCGAAGGCGCUCACGGUGCUGCUCAACAGGACGCCAGGAGACGGGCCCGUUGUGGGCCCCGCCGCGCUCGCGGCGGCCCUGGAGUUGCUGCUGCGCCUGAGCUCUGCCAGGAGCAUGUGCCUCAACCUGCUCUUCAACGCGACUGGGGACCAGACUCCAGAGGAGUCCGCCG